CUUAAUCGUCUCUAUUUGCGUUCUAUUCUAUUCUAUCUAUAAUAAAAAUAUUCUCUUUGUAGGAGACUGCACAGAUCUAUGUGACAAUUUAAAACGUAUCAUGAAACUUGUUUGGUUUCAUUUAAAAUAUAUUACGUUUUUGAUUUUAGUUUUAAUCUCGUUAUACUGCAAUUCAUUGUCAUUUUUGACACAAAUACAUAUAGCUUUCAGACAUGGUGAACGAUCUCCUACGAAUACGUUUCCAAACGACCCAUACAUAAAUUACAGUUGGCCUGGAGGGUGGGGUCAGCUAACAAACAGAGGGAAAUUGCAAAUGUAUGAAUUAGGAAAACUAAUGAGAUUAGAAUACAGUAACUUUAUACCAAGAACUUACUGGCCCAAAGAUGUUAAUGUUACCAGUAGCUAUUCGGAAAGAUGUCUAAUGAGUGCCGAACUAUUUUCUGCUGGUCUCUUUCCUCCAGAGGGUUCACAAAUCUGGAAUAACGACUUGUUAUGGCAACCUUUGCCCAUUUAUUAUGCACCUAGAGACCAAGAUACAACCAUAGCUAUGAAAGCAGCUUGUACCAAAUACGAUAAGAUAUUUAAAGAAAUUAGAGUAUCUCCCGCCAUUAUGGAAAUAGAAAACAAAUACAAUGACUUAAAAAAAUAUUUGACUCACCACACGGGCAUGCUUGUAAAAGACAUUGAAGAUAUAGAAUCAUUAUCUAAUACACUAGAAAUCGAAAAGUCUCAAAAUUUUACGUUACCAUCUUGGGUUAAUAAAUCUAUGAUGGCAACAAUGAAGGAAUUGGGUGCUAGAAAUCUAGCUUUAUAUUCGGAAACUGAAUAUAUGAAACGUAUGAAAGGAGGAAUAUUUUUAAAAAACGUAAUAGAUUCCAUGGAGAAGACAAUAAAUGGUGUGGUGACGCCUACAUUAUAUUUAUAUGCUGCUCACGAUUUAACUUUGGUUCAUAUUUUAAGAACCCUUAAUUUGAUAGAUAUAUUAAAACCAGAAUUUGGGGCCGUACUGAUAUUUGAACUUUAUUCAGAUGGAGAAAUUAAGAUAAACUACAGAAAUGCUUGGAAUGCUGUUCCAGUGACGCAGGUGACAGCAAACUGUCCAACUCCUUGUAGUUUAAACGAUUUCAAAAAAUCUUUGGAAAGGGUUCUACCAGUUGAUUUUAAUCAAGAAUGUAGUUUAGAUUAAAAUAUAUCUAAUAUAUAUUUAGAAUGAGCGACGCUAUUUAUUUUUAAUUGUUUACUGUGUAAGAUUUAGUAAAAAUUGUAACUAU